CGGUUCCACACGUGGCUGUUGACGCGUGUCAAGGCUGCCAAUGCAGACGGAGUCUCAAGGGGUCCUUCGGGAAAAGUCAGAAGCCGGGCCUUUGGGCGCCCUCCUUCCCUCCCUCCUUCCCAAAAUGGAGGCCUUGGAAGCCCUCCCCUCGGUCCUGAGCGCCUUCUUCUCUGAGGAAAAGGCCAGAGCCCCGCCGCAGCGCCAGCGAGGGGCAGCAGGGGGCGCCAGCAGCCCCGGCCCCCGAGGAGCAGGAGAGGGAGAGGGAGAGGCUGCUCCCCGAGGGCCCUGGCCCGCGCUUCCUUGGCAAGAGGCGAGGAGCCUGGCCUCUGGCUUUCCCUCCCAGUUAAUGAUUCCAGCAGCAGGGCCCUCCUGGCCUAUUAUGCCUGGCUUAUGAUUGCCUCUUGGCUCCCGCAGGCCAGGCCCAUAAAGCAGCCAGGGCUGCCCGGGGCAGAGGGAGAGCGGCCAGUCGGUCAGAGGGCUGCAUCAUGGCCCGGCCGCUGUCCCUUUGGCCGGCAGCCUUCCUGCUCACCCUCUGGGCAACGAGCGCCCUGGGCUUCCUGGCGGCUGGGAGCCAAGGUCCCGAAGAAGCCAGUCCAGAGGUAGCCACCCACUACGGCCGGCUGCGAGGGAGGCAGGCGCAGGUGAAGGGCACCCAGAAGCGGGUCAGUGUCUUCCUGGGGAUCCCGUUCGCCAGGCCCCCCACUGGCUCUCUGAGAUUCUCUCCUCCGCAGCCGCCUGAGCCCUGGGACGGAGUGAGAGACGCGACAUCUUACCCUGCCGUGUGCCCUCAGGAACUGGAGAUACUCAAAGGAGUCGCAGAAAGGUGGAAAGAAAAGCACCCACCCUUCCGAACUUCUGAGGACUGUCUGUAUUUGAACAUUUAUACCCCAGCUCAUUCAGACAAGGCCUCCAAAUUACCUGUAAGAAUCUGCUCUCUUUCGCUUUCGCUUUUUCUCUCUUUAUCAUAAUGAGGGUGAAACUUUGCAAGCAAAAGUGUUUGGCUGCAGACAUCAGGGAGAGAUACGGGGCGAGAGAUAGAGGGGGAUUAAAAAGACAUCUUAUAAAUGGCAGGUGGCCAAACCUUAUCUCAGAUCAGAACGUUGGGCCUAAGGGUGAGAGAGAAAGCCAGGGCGGGAGAGAAGCCGCCAGGCGGGUGAAGGGUCUUGUGGGGACCCCUCUCUUAGAAAGAGGCGUUUCAGCUGAAA